AUGCCUUCUCAGGACAGUGACCUUCCUCCAAAGAAACAAGAGAAAAUGGCCAUAUUUCAGGAGGCAGUGACAUUCAAGGAUGUGGCAUUGGUGUUUACUACUGAAGAGCUGGGGCUGCUGGACCUCACACAGCGGCAGCUGUACCAAGACAUGAUGCUGGAGAACUUCAAGAACCUGGUUGCUGUGGGGUGCUUUCCCCUCAAAGCAGAUAUGGUAUCCCUACUAGAAGCAGAAGAAAGGCUUUGGCUAAAGGAAACAGAAGUCCGGAGAAGUAGUCCACAUGAGUCGGCGACUCUUGGGAGACUCACACUGAAGCAUCUUCCCCAGGUAGAGGUGUCUUGCUGGCACAUCUGGAAACAGGCUGCCCAGAAAUCGACCGGGUAUCUUCAGAGGAAGCGUUCUCCACUACUGCGACACUAUUCCAUUCAGGUUUCUGACAAGGGCAGCAACACAAAGAAUCACACGGGAGAUAGCUGCAGGUGCCUUGAACAAGAAGACUUUUCAAUCUCAGGAACUCAGAAUUAUUGCCAAAAUAGGUGCCUGCAGGAUGCACAGAACCAGAGUGGGGAUAAGCCGGUCUGUGUGAAACGUGACCUGUGUGUGUAUACAGAUUUGAUGAGGAAGUCUUCGCUUUGUGAGCCGCUUCAAACCAACCAAGAACAGAAACCCCACAGAUGUGAUGACUGUGACAGACGAACUAAUGACGGUGUUAAUCAGGGACUGUCCUUAGGAGGGAAACCAUGUCUGCAGAGUGAGUGUGACUCGGGGCUUCCCAUUCACCGGACUGUCUACCCAGCAGAGCGCUGCGGUAGUCAGUGCUCACACCCAGGAGAGGAGCUAGAGAAACACCCCCCAUCUAGUGAUCACUUCAACAAGAGCCCCUCUCGUUCUCCUGAGACCGGUCACACAGACGGAAAGUCCCACAGAUGUGACAGCUGUGGGAAGAGGUUCAGCGGCAGCCAGGGUCUUGUCAUUCACAACAGAGCUCACCCGGGAGAGAAACCUCAUCAAUGUGAGGAGCGUGGCAAGUGUUCUAGUCAGAGCUCGGAUCUCCAGUGCCGUCAGAGGGCGCGCACUGGUGAAGAGCCAUACAAGUGUGAUGUGUGCGGCAAGGGUUUCAGCCACAAUUCACCAUUAACAUGCCAUCCGAGAGUCCGCACUGGAGAGAAGCCGUACAAAUGUAAGGCAUGUGGGAAAGGGUUUUCCCGAAAUACAGAUCUCCAUAUCCAUUUACAAGUUCACACAGGAAAGAAGCCCUGUAUGUGUAAGGAAUGCGGGGAAAGCUGCAGGCAGGCUUCCAACCUUCAAGCUCCUCAGAAUAUCCAUGCCAAAGAGAAGCAGUUCAAAUGUGAAACAUGUGGGAAGGGCUACAGUCAGUCCUCGAGGCUUCGCAUUCACCAGAGAGUCCAUACUGGAGAGAAACCAUACAGCUGUAAAAUGUGUGGGAAGAGCUUCUGUUAUAGGUCAAAUUUUACACGCCACCAAGCAGCACACGCUAGAGAGAAACCGUAUAAAUGUCAGGAGUGCGGGAAAGGCUUCAGCGGGAGGUCAGACCUUCAUGCUUAUCAGAGAGUCCCCUCAGAGAAGAAACCCUACAAGUGUGGAGAGUGUGACAAGAGCUUGAGUCAGUCCAUUGAUUAUCGGGUACAUCAGCAGGUCCACACUGGAGAAAAACCAUACAAAUGUGAUGUCUGUGGGAAAGAAUUCAAGCAGGCUUUUGGCCUCCAUUCCCAUCAGAGAGUCCACACUGGGGAGAAGCCAUACAAGUGUGAUGUGUGCGGAAAGAGUUUUAGGUACAGUUCCCAGUUUAUCUACCAUCAGAGAGGCCACACUGGAGAGAAACCUUACAGAUGUCAGGAGUGUGGGAAAUGCUUUGGCAGGAGCAUGGACCUUUGCCACCAUCAGAGGGUCCACACGGGAGAGAAACCUCACAAAUGUGAGGAGUGUGGAAAGGCCUUCAGUCUCCCCUCCAACCUUCGAGUCCAUCUGCGUAUUCAUAUAAAGGAGAAACUCUUUAAGUGUGAGGAGUGUGGGAAGGCCUUCAGUCAGCGCUCACGUCUUCAAGCUCACCAGAGAGUUCACACUGGAGAAAAACCAUACAAAUGUGAUAUCUGUGGGAAAGGCUUCAGUCGUUCCUCUGGCCUCCAUUACCAUCAUAGAGUCCACACUGGGAAGAAGCCAUACAAGUGUGAUGUGUGUGGGAAGGGCUUUAUAUACAGUUCCCAGUUUAUUCUCCAUCAGAGAUGCCACAGUGGAGAGAAACCUUACAGAUGUCAGGAGUGUGGGAAAUGCUUUGGCAGGAGCUUGGACCUCUACCACCAUCAGAGGGUCCACACGGGAGACAGGCCUCACAAAUGUGAGGAGUGUGGAAAGGCCUUCGGUUUCCCUUCCAAGCUUCGAGUCCAUCUGACUAUUCAUACCAAGGAGAAACUCUUUAAGUGUGAGGAGUGUGGGAAGGCCUUCAGUCAGCGCUCACGUCUUCAAGUUCAUCGGAGUGUUCAUACUGGAGAAAAACCAUACAAAUGUGAUAUCUGUGGAAAAGGCUUUGAUUACGCUUCCCGCCUUCGAUACCAUAAGAAAAUCCAUACCCAAAGAAAGUAGCAGAGUGGGUGUGGUGGCACAUACUUGUGAACCAGCGUUCAGGAGGCCAAGACUGGAAGAUGAUAGGUUUGUGGCCAGCCUUGGCUCCAAAGCAUGAUACAUGAAAUGUCCAUCUUCAAGUUUCCCAUGAGUCUAUCCCAGUGCUGAACCCUAUAAAACCAUUACAUGUGGGAACAGGCUUCUCCUGAUUCAAGAUCUAACACCUUGUAGCUGGAAGGUUUCUCUAGUCCUACCCAGCCUCAUGGUCCCUCAGCCGCUUAUAAAAUAAUCAUUUAGAGGCUUAAUAUUAUUUACAAACUGGCCUAUAGCAGGCUUCUUGCUGGCUAGCUUUUUCAUCUUAUCCCAUUUCUAUUCAUCUGUUUUGCCACAUGACCGUGGCAUUACCAGCCUGCUGGCAUCUUGCUUCUCCUUGGGCAGCGGCUAGGCAUCUCUUCCGCCUCUGCCUUUUUUCUUCCUGUCUCUCUCUCUCUCUUGGAUUUCCUGCCUGGCUAUAACCUGGCGCGCCAUAGGCCAGAGCAGCUUCUUUAUUAACCAGUCAUAGCAUCACACAUUCACAGCGUACAGGAAGACAUCCUGCAGCAACACAUUUAAAACCAUAAUAUGCCAGAGUAACACCUAGAACUCAGUGUAAGGAAGAAAUACAGGCAGUGGCCCUCUUGGCAAGACUAUGAAUGUCAGCAAUCAUCUUUCAGUGGACUGUGUGCCAAAAGGUACCGGGUGACCCUUAGCUCUCUAUGCUUAACAGUGGGCAUUAUUUUUACUAAAGCGUAAAGGUGUGGAAAAUAAAAUUGCUGACUAAAAAUUUCCUGUAGCCAAGGGCUUAUCCUGUGGCUUUUUUCAUGCAGUAUGGAGGGCUGCAAUGAAAGAGGCUGUACCCACAAUGCAUCUCUGGUCAUCAAAAGUAGAUUGGUGUCAGCUGUAACUGUAUUGAAGAAGUUGUUCACAUUGCAUCAUCGUUUUAUAAUUGGUUGCCUGGCCAAGGGACUUUCUGCUUUGCAGUCCAGUGGUACUCUGCAAGCAUCAAGUGAGAAGAGGUAGAAUUAGCCAAGACCACUGAAAGUUGCUCAGAAUAUAUUAACCUGGAAAACCAUAACAUGUGAAAGUUAGAUGUGUGUUUUUAGAGAAAUAGAUGGGGCUGGAGAAGAUGGCUCAGUGGGUAACAGAGCUUGCUGGACAAACAUGGGAAUCUGAGUUGAAUCCCCAGUAUCCAUGUAAAAAGCUGGGUAUGGCCAUGUGGAGGUCUGUGAUCCCAGUGCUGUGGGAAGUGGAGGAAGGAAGAUUGUUGGGACUUGCUGACAGCCUAGGAGAGACCAUGUCUCUAGGCAACAGGGAGUAUGACAGAGCAAGACACCUAAAUCAUCCUCCGACCUCCAAACACAUGCACAUGAGCAUACAUACCUGCUCAUGUAUGCAAAACACAUUAUAUACAACACACACACACACACACACACACAC